UUAAAGAAAAUUCUUCAUCAGAAGAUGGCCACUGCACAGUUGCAGAGAACUUCCACGAGUGAGCUUGGAUUUCCCAAUAAGAUAACAACUGAGCAGCAGUCUUUGCUGCUAGUGAAGAGGCUCCUAGCAAUUUCAGUAUCCUGCAUCACAUAUUUGAGAGGAAUAUUUCCAGAACGUGCUUAUGGAACAAGAUAUUUUGAUGAUCUCUGUGUCAAAAUUCUGAGAGAAGAUAAAAAUUGUCCAGGAUCUACACAGUUAGUAAGGUGGAUGCUAGGAUGCUAUGAUGCUUUACAGAAAAAAUAUCUAAGGAUGGUUGUUCUAGCUGUAUACACCAACCCAGAAGACCCACAGACAAUUUCAGAAUGUUAUCAAUUUAAAUUCAAGUACACCAGGGACGGACCUAUCAUGGACUUCAUAAGUAGAAACCAAACCACUGAAUCUAAUAUUUCAUCUGCUGAAACCAAGAAAGCAAGUAUUCUCCUCAUUCGCAAGAUUUAUGUUCUAAUGCAAAACCUGGAACCUUUACCUAAUGAUGUUUGUUUGACCAUGAAACUUUUUUACUAUGAUGAAGUUACACCCCCAGAUUACCAGCCUCCUGGUUUUAAGGAUGGUGAUUGUGAAGGAGUGAUAUUUGAAGGGGAGCCUACGUAUUUAAAUGUGGGAGAAGUCCCAACACCUUUUCACACCUUUAAAGUAAAAGUGACCACUGAAAAAGAACGAAUGGAAAAUAUCGAUUCAAGUAUAUUAUUUCCAAAACAAUUAAAAACACCACUUCAAAAAAUUCUCAUGGAAAAAGAUGAACUAGAAGAUGAACAGGAGCAUUCUGUAUCUGAUGAUUUUGACAUUGAAAUGAACACAGAAGAGCAGAAAAAAACAACUGGGUCUUCUGAACUUGGAGAACCAAAUUUAGCUUAUGAGGAAGAUAAAAUUAUGAGAUCUAAAGAAAGUCAAGACCUUUCAACUUCUCGUUCUCAGGUUGAGCACUUAGUCAAUAAAACAUCUAAACUUGAUAUGUCUGAAAGCAAAACAAGAAGUGGAAAAAUCUUUCAGAAUAAAGUGGUUAACAGAAAUCAACGAGUAAAAUCUUCUAAAGAAAAUCGGAAGAGAAGUCAACUUGAAUCUGGGAAAAAAGUUCUUCAUCACUUUGAUUCUGCUUGUCAAGAGUCAGUGCCAAAGAGAAGAAAGUUUAGUGAACCAAAGGAACAUAUAUAA